AGGGCCUUGGCCCACACAAAGCAGAUGGCGCACAAGUGCACCGGCGGCAAGGCACCACGAAAGCAGCUGACUACCAAAGUAGCUCGAAAGGGUGCUCCAGCUACAGGUGGUGUAAAGAAGCCACACAGAUUUCGGCCUGAUACUGUAGCCUUGCACGAGAUCCGUCUGUACAGACAGAAGUCUACAGAGCUUUUGGUUCACAAGCUGCUGUUCCAGCGGCUGGUACGUGAGAUUGCACAGGAUUUCAAGGCGGAUCUGAGUUUCCAGAGUUCGGCUGUGAUGGCACUGCGGGAAGCAUGCGAGGCAUAUCUGGUGGGUUUUUUUGAAGAUGCCAGCCUGUGUGCUAUUCAUGCCAAGCGUGUCACUAUUACGCCUAAAGAUGUCCAGCUGGCUCGGCGUAUUCGUGGGGAGCGUGUCUAGAUUCUCAGCACACAGCCGCUGCUCUUACCCCAAAGACUCUUCAGAGCCACUACUUCUUCACAAAGUGCACUGUACACAAAACAUUUAGGUUGCCCCUUAUCUCCAGCCUACCAGAAACCUAACUGUGUUGCGUGGUAACACGGCCUUUGAGACUUAACUAUGUCAAGUCGCUGCGUAGCCCCUAGUCUUAAUGUUUGAAGAGGGUAUGUUGCCUUGGAAGUGAGCAUCCGUGGCAACAGCUGAUCAAUGCGCUUAGCAAAAAGUUUCUCAACCCAUAAGACUGUCUGAACUUGCUGGAAAACUCUAUGAGAGCAGUCACUCAUACUCCCCAAAGCAGAGCUGUGUGUAAACAACCUGAGCAUGGUUUUCAGGAAGAGUGUAAGGACUUGUUCCUCCAUUGGUGAUGGUUGGAAGCUUUUAUUAGUUGAGGUUUUAACUUGAUAAAAAUCUAAACACUGCCAGGUUGCCGAAAGGGGAUAAAAUCUGUUCCCUCCUGUCCCUGUUUGGUCUUCACUUUGGGGAUGCUUAACAGCUGAGUGAAGGAAACAUGUAUGUAGAAGCAGUUACUAUGCAGUGUGUUUUGGUGGU